UUCCAGCCCCGAGUCAGUCGUGGUGCUUCGAAAAAGAAACACAAUUCGGCAGACACGGCGGAUCCGAAUAUAUAAAACCGCGAAUAAACUUCCCAAUUGCCUUAAUCUUUGUAAAAGUGAUUCGAUUUCUUUCUUUAUUCCCGGACUUUUUUGUUUAUUCUAUAUAUUCUCUCUUUCUUUUUCUUUCCCUUUCUCUGGCGCGUUCUCCCUUCUCACAUACCCUCUGGAUCCACCGCGUUCUCCAAGACUUCUUCGUCGCCGACUCUCCCUCUGGCUGUCCUCGCAUACGCAUCGCUCAUACUGACGCACACGCAUGUGUGCGCUUACAUAUUAACAAACUAACUAUACCGCAAGUUAUCUUUCUUUUUCUUUCUUUCAUUUUCUUAUCCUCUUGUCCUGUCCUUUCGUGGACAGGAGUCCUUCUAGCCCUUUUUUUGUCCAGCUUCCGACGAACGCACGUCCUCUUUGCCGGUAGCUUCUCUCCCCACAUCCUUCCAACUCUUUCUCUUUUUCUUUCUAACCCCCAUCUCCUCAUCCUUUCUCGCCAUCGUUUUGUUUUGCGCGCUCCCGUUUAUCUCCCGUGCACAUGCGAACGGAAUCAAGAAUUGUGAGCUGUACCUGUCGGGAUAAGGGAGUCGAAAGAAAGACACCGUGCAAGCGUGAUAUCGGGAAAAGGGACAAUGCUGGAAUGGUAUAUCGGAAUUGCGACCACCCUGCUGGUCCUCAUCUAUUUUGCGUAUUUCUUCAAGUUCAACUGGAUCAAAGAUAUGAGGAAUGAAAGUAAAACCAACGGCGAUGUUUAUGCAAGAUCCAAAAAUCGAAAAGUGGGUAAACUACCACCGGUAUAUCCAAACGGAUGGUUUGCUUUGCUCGAAAGUUCGCAGUUAAAAAAGGGUCAGGUGAAGCACGUGUCCGCCCUCGGCGAGAAUUUCGCAGUUUUCAGAACCGAAAAAGGCGUCGUAAAUAUUUUAGACGCAUAUUGCCCACAUUUAGGGGCAAAUAUGGGCGAGGGUGGCCGUGUGAAAGGAGAUUGCUUGGAAUGUCCAUUUCAUAGCUGGACGUUUCGCGGGGAGGAUGGUCGUUGUGACAAUAUACCUUAUGCUGAAAAAGUGCCGGUAAUCGCACGUGCAAGAGCCUGGAAGUGUCGCGAAGUGAAUAACAUCAUUUUCGUGUGGUAUCACGCUGAAUCCGCUGAACCAGAUUGGCAACCACAGCCAUACAAGCAGAUCUCCAAUGGGACACUGCGCUACCAAGGUCGCAAUGAGUUCUUCAUCAGCUGUCACAUACAGGAGAUAGCUGAGAACGGAGCCGACAUCGCGCAUCUCAGCGCAGUGCACGGUCCACUUAUGUUCUUCUCCGACUACGUCCCUUGGUUAGCUCGGCACUCCUGGAUUACCGAUGUGCCAUGGCGGCCGCACUGUUCGCAUAAUGAGAUGGAUAUGGACAAGGAGACGGUGGCGAAGAAAACAGAAGUGCGCGUCAAAUUGAACGGUGAACUGACCGAUUAUCCGAUCGCUGAUAACGAAAAGAAUCAUUAUCAUUUCCCAGCCGAGAACGAAGGAGUCGGCCAAAGAGAAAAGCAUAAGGCCGGCUUGCAAUUGCGCCAUAGUUUAACUUUAUUGGAAUGCUUCGACGUGCUUGUCUUAAACGUUCACGUUGAGCAGAUUGGUCCUGGUUAUGUCGAGCUGCUGAUCAACACGUCAUUCGGCCCCAUGUGCAUCUUGCAAACGGUCACGCCGAUCGAGCCGAUGCUGCAACGAGUAACUCAUCAAAUCUUUUCGCCACCAUUAAUGGCGCCCUAUGCCAAUUUGGUCUUCCUGGGCGAAUGCGUCAUGUUUGAGCGCGACAUCAUGAUUUGGAAUCAUAAAAAGUAUGAGCGGCAGCCGAUGCUGGUGAGCGAGGAUCGUGCCAUCCGGGAAUAUCGGCGUUGGUACUCGCAGUUUUACUCGACCAACAGUCCUACCUAUCAAAUGGCCGUCCAGGACCUGCAGUGGUAACGAAACAAGACACAUAUUCUUAUAGUCGGCAUCUCUACCGGCAGAAUUUGAAAUCCUGGAAUAACAUCUAUAGAAAGGUUAGGAUCGAUGAUAUUAUUAAUAUCUGAAAAUUGAUCGUUUAUUUGCGAUGUAAAACCCAUUUUAGAUGAUUUAUAAUUUGUAAAAUUCAAGAAAGAGUUGUACUUAUAAUUUUAUGCCGUGUAAUGGAGAGAAUACGCGAAAAG